AUGGGUCUCUGCGACACAUUCAAGUCAGUUUCAGAUAGCCACACCUGUGUAGCCCUAACCUUGUCGGCCAUUGGUACCGCCGCACUUGUUGGGUUCGGACUAAGCUUCGUUCAGUUCGUGCUUCAGACAUUCGUUCUUUCCGGACAUAGCCUCAAAAAAUAUGGAGCAAAAAACGGUGCUUGGGCCGUCGUAACCGGCGCAACCGAUGGUAUUGGUCGUGAAUUUGCUAGCCAACUCGCCAAGGCUGGGUUCAACAUCUUGAUUGCCUCGCGCACCCAGGAAAAGCUCGAUGCGUUUGCUUCGGAACUCCAAUCAAAGUAUUCCGUUUCCACCAAGACCUACGCAAUCGAUUUUGCUCGUCGUGAUACCGAGGCCUACGCUGGACUGGCCACAAUAUUUGAAGGUCUGGACGUGGGGGUGCUCGUAAAUAACGUUGGCAAGUCGCACGACAUUCCGGCAGAUUUCCAUGAAAUUCCUCUCAUUGACCAUGAAGACAUUGUCGAGAUUAACGUAAAUGCGACCAUUAAAGUCACCCGAUUGAUUGUCCCGGGCAUGAUUACUCGUCGACGUGGGCUUAUUCUCAAUCUCGGAUCUUUUGCCGGUGCUGUUCCCUCCCCUAUGUUAGCCACAUAUUCUGGCUCGAAAGCCUUCCUCUCUACUUGGUCUCGGGCUCUUGCGGCCGAGCUUGCCCCCCGUGGCGUCGAUGUGCAACUUGUGAAUACAUACUUUGUGGUCUCCAGCAUGUCUAAAAUCCGCCGCGCCACCUCUAUGAUCCCCCUCCCAUCCACAUACGUCCGGUCCGUACUUUCGAAAAUUGGACUACAGGGGGAUUUCACUACGCCAUACUGGGCUCACGGAGUCUUGGCUUACGCCAUGAAUUUUGCUCCCUCGGCUUGGUUAAUCAAGUACACACUUAACCUGCACAAGGAUAUUCGGCGUCGCGCAUUGAAAAAGCGGGAGCGAGAGGCCGCGGCUGCCAAAAAGGAGUAG